UUUGUCGUUCCAGAGAGACGGCGCUCACGCUCGUCCUCGCGAGAUCGUGAGAGGAGGCGCAGGGAGCGCGAGAGGUCCCGGUCCCGCGACAGAGACAGACGAAGGUCACGCUCGCGUUCCCCCCACAGACGCAGAUCCAGGUCUCCACGGCGACACCGCUCCUCCUCCCUAUCUCCACUGCGGCAGAAGGACAGACGGGACGAUGACAGGAAGGAAGUUAAGGACAAACCAGCAAAGGUCCAUCAGAUAUCAGCUGAGGACAUGCAAGGAAAGACUGAGGAGGAAAUCGAGAUGAUGAAACUGAUGGGCUUUGGAGCCUUUGACAGCACAAAGGGCAAGAAGAAGGAGGGAUCCAAUGCUGCGUUUGCAUUUAACGUGUCGCAAAAGAGAAAAUACAGGCAAUACAUGAACAGGAAAGGUGGUUUCAACAGACCUUUGGAUUUUAUUGCCUGAUGGAGUCGUCAGUAACCACGUUUUAACGACUUUGAUGUCUUUGUGAUUAAACGUAUAUUCUCUUUUCUUCCCCGAGUUUAUGUAAAUCUGUGUUUCAGCAGUUUUUCCAUCUGUUUUGUUUUUCAGUUAAUGGCUGUAAUGUAAGCGUCAGUUUAGUUUGUAGGAGCAAAUAUUAAAAGGAUUUGAUAUUGCGCAUUGAUUGCCUUGUAUACCUUAUUUAGCAGUACUGAAUAAAUGGGAACUCAUAAUGAAUA